GAAAAUGUUUAUCGCGCGUCUCUUUGCGCGAUAGUAGAUGUUGCAGCGCGUCAGGCCUCUAUUCAGUGUUCCUUCUCUCCGUAGCCUUCCUCGUACCUUCUUUCGCAGCAUCUCCAUACCAUACCGCAAAAUGGCCGGCGUUCCCAGCACCUACGAUGCGCCCGUUCACAUCGCCGUGAUUGGCGGCACUGGCAUUCAGUCACUGCCCGGCUUCACGCUCGCUGCCACUCUCGACGUUGAGACACCAUGGGGCAAGCCGUCGUCGCCCAUCAGCAUCCUGCACCACCCCUCCCCGUCGACCGGCAAGAACGUCCCCGUCGCCUUCCUCUCACGCCACGGUCUCUCUCACGAGCUUGCGCCCCAUGAGGUCAAGAACCAGGCCAAUAUCGCUGCGCUGCGCCAUCUCGGUGUGCGCACCAUCAUUGCCUUCUCCGCCGUCGGCUCGCUGCAGGAGGAAGUCCACCCGCGUGACUUCGUAGUCCCUGACCAAGUCAUCGACCGCACCAAGGGUAUUCGCCCGUUCACAUACUUCGAGAAGGGCAUGGUUGGCCACGUUGGCUUUGGCGACCCCUUCGAUACCAAGUUGGCCGAGAUCGUUCGCAAAUGUGGCCACAGCUUGGAGGGCGAGGGCGUCACGCUGCACGACAAGGGCACCGUCAUCUGCAUGGAGGGCCCACAGUUCAGCACCCGCGCAGAGUCCCACAUGUACCGCAGCUGGGGCGGCACCGUCAUUAAUAUGUCUGCGCUGCCCGAGGCUAAGCUGGCGCGAGAGGCUGAAAUUGCCUACCAGAUGAUCUGCAUGGCGACUGACUACGACUGCUGGAGGGGCACUGAGGGCGAGGACGUCAACGUUGAGAUGGUUAUGGGCCACAUGAAGGCUAACGCCGACAAUGCGAAGCGCUUUGUUGGUGCAGUCCUGGAUGAACUCAGCAAGGAAGAGCACACCCAAUUGGUCCAGGGCAAGCACCUCGUGAACCAGACCAAAUUUGCUGGGUCCAUGACCAAGAAGGAAGCCCGUGGGCAGGAAACUCAGAAGAAGCUGCAAUGGCUGUUCCCCGGCUACUUCGACUGAGCAAGUGACACGAUCUUUGGCAACAAGUGUCACAACAUAGACUGAUAGACUUGAAGCAUCAGAACUUCAAAGCAUUACAAAUAUACUAACAAGAACUUUCUGGUACACACCGCAGCCUUACUCUCAGUUCUACUACCUUGUCAAUAUUACGACCCCAUGCGGCAGGUCACUAUCGCAUCAAACAGCGGGUAUCGACAUCAUCGAAAUGCGCGCCAAGAUGUCGAUAUGUGCCCGCAGCUAUCGACCAAUGUCCGACGUGCUGCGGACUGAUCUCAGAUGUGCGCUCAUCGCACCUUCCUAUUCUUUCUUAGCGCGACAUGCAUCUCGACCUCGAUGAACGACCGGGUGCUUGAAUGUUGACUAACACCACGGCAAC